GAAGAGAUAUAUAGUAUUAUAUUUUGAGAGCUAUAGCUAGGGGUUCCAUCUCCUCUUGCUUGCUUGCUCGUCUUCUUUCUUUUCAAGGUUGCUUUUAAACCUCUUUGAGACAUCGAAUGAGUAAAAACAAGACUUAUUUGGUGAAAAGUUUCUGAAAGUGAAGAUGGAAAAUUUAUGUAUAAUUUUUUUUUUCUUUUGAGUUGAAUAUAUAGUAUAUUAGUAGUAUAUAGUAGCAUAGAGGAGCUAUAUCUUAAGAUUUUUUAUUUUUUUUUUUGAAGUGAGAAGAAGAUAAGAAGGAAGAGGAGAAGCGUGAGUAGUAGUAAUACUUUUGCUUUUUAAUUAUUCUUCAUCUUGGGAUUUUCAAGUGCCUUAAAAAAAAAAAAAGCAAAGUUUUCUUUUUUUUUAAUAAAAUUAUGGAGCCUGCAAAUCUCCAUCACCACCAACAACAUCAACAAUAUCAUCAUCAGCUUCAGUUCCAAGAUCAAUUUCCUCUUAUUGGUAUUUCUCCAAAUUCUUCUUCAUCUUCUAAUAAUUCUUGCUAUGGAGUUUCAACAACAACACAUACUUGGAUCCCAUGUACUACUACUAUCUUGAACAGUCCUGGAAGUGGUCUUAUUGAUUCAUAUUCUAGUGGAGCCAUCAUCAAUACUACAAAUUCAUCAUCAAGUGAUCCAUUAAACCUAGUUUCCAUGAGUAGUACUACUCAAGAUUUGGGCUUUCAUCAAUGGGAUGAUAACAUAAAGCAAGAAAGUUCAUUGGAUAAUUCAUAUCCAAGAUUCACUCAAAUGUUGAAAAGUCCAUCAAGUAUAGAAGAAGCUCGUGAAUUGAGUGAUAUGAAUGCUAAGCUUUUGCUUGGUACACUAUCUAAUAGCGGGCUUCAACUUUAUCAUGGAGAUAAUAACAAUAAUAAUCUUCUCUAUUCUUCUAACUCUAGUAGUGUUGCUACUAAUAGAGGGAGAUUUAGUCAAAUAUACCCCACAAUAAAUGUGUCCAACUUGAAUAUGUAUCAAGCAAAUUCUUGUAGCUCUUUGGACAUGAAUUUACAGCCAUUGGAUCUCAUCAACUCUUCAAGAUAUGGAGGGAGCUUUAGCCAAACAUAUGGUCUAACAAAUCCUUUUCAGCAUUCAUCAAGUGAAAGUCCAGUAAAUAGCUCCACUAGUACUAUAUCAGCCUUUAGUAAUGGAAUGCCUGAAGCAAAAAGGACCAGCAAUACUUUGGAGCCAAAUAAAGGGCCUCAAAAUGCACCAAAAAAAUCAAGAGUUGAUUCACGCACAUCUUGUCCACCCUUUAAGGUAAGGAAGGAGAAAUUAGGAGAUAGAAUAGCAGCUCUUCAACAAUUGGUUGCACCUUUUGGCAAGACGGAUACAGCAUCUGUACUAAUGGAAGCUAUUGGUUACAUCAAAUUCCUUCAAAACCAAGUUGAGACACUAAGUGUGCCAUACAUGAAAUCUUCACGAGGCAAAACCAACAGAUCACUGCAUGGAGGUGGUGGAGAGAUGAAUAAUGGUAGCAGUGAAGAAAUUAAAAGAGAUCUUAGAAGCAGAGGGUUGUGUUUAGUGCCUUUGUCAUGCUUGACUUAUGUCACUGAUGGUGGUGGUGGUAUUUGGCCACCCCCUAAUUUUACUGGUGGCACUUAAUUAAAUUCCUAAACUUGUAAGACAAUUCAUCUUAAUUAGUUUAACUUUCUGUUUUUAUCAUUUUUACUUUAUUAAUGGAGCAAACUUGGUCAUUCUGUUCAACAUUGAAAAUUGUAGGAUGGACCAAGUUUGAUCCAUUAAUGGUUUGUUACUAGUUUUUAACAUUGCUUUUUCAUAUUAUUAUUAUUAUAUAUGGUACUCUUUGACUCUA